AUGGCUUUGGUUACAUAUUCAGACUCAGAAGGCGACUCCGAUACCGAGACGAAGCCAGUCGAGCAAUCUAAGCCUCCUCGCCAGCCUCCGAGCUCAACCUCCAAACCCACGUUCAAACCGCUGGUUGAUCGUGGCAACCGCAGAAAAAUCCUUGUGAACCUCUCAGAAACAAAACCUAACGAUGAAAUAGAUUCAGGGCAGGGUAAAGAGGAUGGCCCUGCCAGGAAACGACUACGUACUGGAGGUGGUGGGCUGUUCUCUGGGUUCAACGACUUGCUCCCUGCGCCAAAACGAUCAGGAGCAGUGCAGAAGUCUGGCGAUAAAACACAGGCCGGGCUAAAGAAAUCAAAACCCUUCACUCUAAAGACAAGUGCAGAGCCUGGAUUUGACAGGAGUGAAAAAUCGGAUACCUUCAAUACAUCUUAUGACGAGUUCGGCAAACCGUCCAGCGGCCAGGAUGCUGGACAAACUCCCUUGGACGCGGGUUCUAGGCCGCCGGCACCAGAGCCUGUUUUUGAGAAGAAAGGCAAUUCGAUGAUGUUCAAACCACUAUCUGUGGCUAGAAAUAAACCGAAGAAGAAGACCACGACGACCUCCCUGCCUGUUCUGACCCCAAAGGCCCCGGUUGAAAACCCUCAACCUCCCGUACAACCAGAAGCGAAACCGAAAGUAAGCCUCUUUGGGCUUUCCAGAACUGCCGAAAAUACUCCAUUCACCGAUCCCCCCGUUCAAGACACACCAUACGAAUCUAUGCUAUAUACAGGGUCGUCCGAACCGUCAGCGGUAGCUGAAGCUGAGACACCAGAUGACUCGAGAGGCACAAGCACCGCAGUUAGCGACAACUCAUAUGCACCUACGGCCUCCAGUAGACCACAAGAUCUUGCCAGUGUUGCCAGCGACCUAAACCUUUCGAAGGCACAAAUGCGACAGCUACUAGGGCGUGAUCUAAAAGGGGCGUCUAGUAAAGUGAUUAAUUUCAACACGGAUGAAGAGUACAAGUCCAAUUCAGCAUACCUAGCCAACACAUCUGAAGCUGAGCUUGCCGCUCAACAACAUAGACCUGUUAGGACCGUUGCGCCUGGUAAGCACAGCUUGCAUCAGCUCGUCAAUGCAGUGGCAAGCCAGGGCGAAGCACUGGAGGAAAGUUUCGCUGCUGGAAAGCGGAAUAAGAAAGAGGCGAGUGCAAAAUAUGGUUGGUAA